AUGACCGUUAAUUAUCAUGAAGAAAACUAUAAUUGUUUAUUCGUUGAGUGUAUGGAACAUGUUCGUGCUUUAGAUUGUAGUAAAGCUUUUGAUAAGGAAGAACAGUUAAAUUCUUUAAAUAUAAUUUAUGAAUAUGUAUUAGAAUUUUUUAAUAAUUGUGAUGAAAAAAAAAAGAAAAUAUUCUGUGAUUUUUUUAGUAAGAAUUUAUUAUAUCCUUUAAACAAAUGGGUCAACGAUGAAUUUGAUGAAUGCAGAAAUUUAGUUCUAAAUAUUUAUAUGUUACUUGAACAAAAUCUUGAUAAUAUCUUACUAGAUAUCAUAUUAUUUAAAAACAUAGAAAAAGAUGAUAAUUUUAUUUUUAAUUGUAUAAAUAGGCUAAGAGAAGAUGAAAAUCAAAGAAUUAUAGAAGAUAAAGAAGAAAUAAGAUUGAAAAUAUUACAAUUUUUAUAUAAAAUUGUGAAAAGAGAUAAAAAAAAAGAUAAAAUAAUGUCUUCAAAUUUAUUAAAUUUUUAUAUUUAUUUAAAAGAUAUAUUAUCGUCAUUGUCAAUUUUAAUAAAAGAUCCAUUUCCUCUCAUAAAAAAGCUAACUUGUGAACUAUUAUGUGAACUAAUUUUUGAAAAAGAACAGAAAGAACUUAAUCACAUAUAUAGAAAAUUAUUAAAAAAUUUAUUAGAUAGUUUAAAUAUAAGACAGCAAGAUAUUCGUGAACUUAUUUUAAAAUGCUUAAAAAAAUUAAUGUGUUAUGAUACUAAUAGAGAGUUUCUUAAUAAUGUUUCAGAAUGUUUAAAGAAGUUAUGUAAAAAUAAGUCACAUAAUGUCUUAUUUGAAAUUGUAAACUGUAUUAAAGUAUGGUUUUUAAACAUAAAAGAUUUUAAUAACAAUGAAAAAGCAAAGUUAACAUAUAUUAUCCUUAUGUGCAUAAAUGCACAUAUAUCUCCUUCUUUUAAUGAGCAUUGCUACAAUGCGUUAGAAGUAAUAGCAAAAUAUACAUUUAAUUCUUCUAAUAAAUUAAAUAAAAUUUUAGAUGAUAAAGACACAUGUAUAAACAACAGUGAGAAUUUUAAAGAACCAAAAAAAAAUGAAAUCAUAAAAAGUGAUAAAUAUGAAGAAUUAGAAGAUAGCAUUCAUAUAAGUAGGAAAAAAAAUAGUUCAAAUAAAAGAAUGAAUGAAGAUAAAAUAUUCGAAGAUUGUGAAGGUUUUAUAAAUAUUAGUAAAUUAUUUUAUAUACCUGCUCCAUUUAGUAGAAUAUCAAUAAAUAUUCACAAAUUUUUUUGUGAAAUUAAAAAAGAAUUAUUUUAUGAAAUUAUGGAUAAUGAGAAGAAUUCUUGGUCAGAAGGGGAAAAAGAAUUUGCAAAUAUUAUUACCAUGUUUUUAAUAUUUACUUAUAAUGACAAUUUUUAUUUUAUUAAACACAUUUUAUCAUUUUUAUAUAAAUCAUUAACAUCAUUUAAAUAUAUUGAUUAUCCUUCAACUCCAUUAUUGAUCAACGAUUUAUUAGAAUUACAUCAAGAUAAUGCUGUAGACACACUUGAGAAGUAUUGCUACGAAUAUGAGUCAUUUUUAUUUUUGAGAAAAUUUGUUAAUUUAAUUAUAACAUGUGGAUAUUUAAUGCCUUUAGAAAUUGUUAUUUUUGAAAUAGCACAUUUAUUAUUAGGUGAUAACAUUAAAAAUAUUUUAAUAAAUUUUUAUAAAUUUCAUAACCUAUCAAACGAAAAAGUGUAUUGUAAGAACAACCCAAAUAAUUGCAAGGAAUGUAAAGCUGAAACAGAUGCUUAUUUUUUUACAGAAGAUUAUAUUUUUUUAAAUAUAAAUUACCAUAAAUAUCAUCAAAAAAAUUAUGAAAAAAAAAGUAUCCAUGAAAGGAAGGAUAUUAUUAUAGAAGAUCAUUAUAACAGGAAUAGAGAACUUAAUAAAAAAAAUAUAGCUUAUCAAACAGAUGAUCAAAGUGAAAAAAUACAUAAUGAACCUGAACAGACAGAAAAAAAAAAUGAAAAUAUUAACAAAAAAGAAGAGAAAAAAAACGAUGUUAAUAAUAUAACAGAAAAUAAUAAAAAAAAAAUUUUUCUUUUUGAAAGAAUAAAUAAUGAUGUGUACAAAUUACCAGAGUAUUUUUGUGAUAAUGAAAAUUGCACUGCAAUAAUUUAUGAAAAUAAAAAAAUUAUCUUUAUAAUCCUAUCUCAAAUUUUAGCUGGUUUUUACUUAAACGAUUUAUCAUUAAGUAAACUAGAUGAUGCAUAUAUAAACUUCAUUUUAUUUUUAAUAAAUGAAAAUAUCAAUUAUGAAAAUGUUGAUUCAUUUCCAUAUAUUUUAUUAACUUUAAAAUAUUUAAUAAAUAUAAUGAAAAAUGAAUGCAAAAAUUAUAGUAAUGUUUUAUUUCAUUUUUUACUUAUUUUGCAAUCAGAUAACCAUUUUUGUUCUCUUUCUGAAAUAAAUAAAUUAAUUGAAACAGUACAAUUUUACAGUGACAAACAAGUGGUUCAUUUUUAUAAUGAUGAAUAUAUUUAUUUCAUAAAAAAUCUUCAAAAUAUAAUAGAUUUUAAUGAUUUUAAAAAUUUUAAAUAUAAUAUAGAAUUUUUAAAUAUAUUAUUACGUAACAUAAGUGACUAUAUUGUUAUGGAAUACUCGAGCUAUUUAAUGGAAUUUUUACAUGUUAUAAUUACAUAUGAAUUAAAACCAUUUAUCAAAUCAGAAUUUUUAUUAUUUAUAAAUUUUUUUUGUUCAAAAAAUAUAUUUCCUAACUUUUUUUUAGCAAACUCUCAAGAUAUUUUACAAAAUAUAUUAUUACCAUUAUGCAUAUGGAAAAGCGGAUUAGGUGAAGCAGAAAUAAGAAAAGGAUCUUUACUUUGCAUAAAAUCAUUGUUUAUAAAUAAAUUAUUCGAUAUUAAAAUAUUUCAAAAUAAUAUAUUAAUUGAAAAUUUAGUUUGUACUCUUAAAUCGUCAAUUGAUGACAUAUGGAAUAAUGAAAAUAGAGUAAUUUCUAUUUCUAUAAUUGGAGAACUUGUAAAACAUUUGAAUAGCAAUAAUAUACUACUUGAUUUAUUAGAUAAUUUACUAAAAUUAUUAGAUGACUCAAAUAUAUCAAUUCGAAAAUAUUCAGCAAUAUCUUUAUAUUCUCUUUUUCAAAAUAAAUAUUUGAGUUUAUCUGAUGAAAAAUGUGAACAUAUUUUUCCAAUAUUAUUAUUGCAUAUGGAUGAUGAUUAUUCGAAAAUUAGUGAAAUUAUUUAUCAUAUAUUGAUGAUAGCAAAAAAUUUUAAUAAUAAAAUAUUCUUGAAGCAUGCAAAAGAUUCAACUGAGAAUUCAUUACAUGCAAAAUCAUUUAAAGAAGAUUUGAUGAAAUAA